CAGUGGACGACUACUGAGGACGGUUACAGUGGACGACUACUGAGAAUGGUUACAGUGGACGACUACUGAGGACGGUUACAGUGGACGACUACUGAGAAUGGUUACAGUGGACGACUACUGAGGACGGUUACAGUGGACGACUACUGAGGAUGGUUACAGUGGACGACUGCUGAGAAUGGUUACGGUGGACGACUACUGAGAAUGGUUACAGUGGACGACUACUGAGGACGGUUACAGUGGACGACUACUGAGGACGGUUACAGUGGACGACUACUGAAGACGGUUACUGGGAAUAGUUACAGAGGAGUUUACUGUGGUAACUGUCCCCUGGAUGGUUCCAGUACACAGAUACUGAUGAAGCUGUGGUCAGUCGUCCAUCAAUUCCCAAAAUCUCCCAAAAUGCUGCUGACUGUGGGCAGCCUUUUGACUGUUUACAUCAUGAUGAUUCCCUUUCUCAGCAAAGUGUAUCCAGCCAAUCAGAUGCAGGAGUUUUAUCACAGAGUGCACUGUUCCCGCCUCCAGGCCAAGAUCUCCAACAUGAGCACCACUAAAAAGAUGGACAUGCAGGUGUUUUGUGCUGAUGUAACUGAUCUCUUCACCUGUUCAGCCAAACCCAACAUCACUCUGAGGGAAACUUACAGAGUGCGGUUGAGUUCCUGCUGUAAUGCGUCCGGUUCUCUGUUCCUGACCCAGAAGAACUCUCAGGUUAAUCAGAGCGUUCCAUAUGAAACCAGACCAAACGCCAAAUACAAACUCAGACCUGAUGUGUACAGGAAGCUGCCUCAGGACAUGCCCUGGAAGGGGCGCUCUCUGGGCCGUUGUGCUGUGGUGGGCAGUGGUGGGAUUCUACUCAACAGUAGCUGUGGAAGAGAAAUCGACAGUGCAGAUUUUGUCAUCAGGUAAAACCCAUCAUUGUGUAAAACCCCUCAUCACUUAAAAAUAUUCAUCAAGUAAAAAUCACCAUCGGUAAAUCUCAUCAUCUAUAAAACAAGACAUUGAGUAAAACCCGUCACCAACACUGUGUAUUAAUAUCUACCACAAUAAAUAAGUGAGUAUGGCAUGCGCCCGUCCCCC